ACAUCAAUACAUGCAUAUCUAUAGCUUACUAAAUGUUUUACAACGUUGGGGGAGUGCCAAGAUGGAGGCACGGUGGCUUCAACACAGCGCCCCCUAAAAGUCAUCUAGUUGUAUACAUAAAUUAUUGGUGCAAACUCAUCCCAAACCCAGCGCAUGCAGUCACAUGAGAACGCGCCAUGGCUUCAGUUACCUCAACCAGUCGCUCAACUCGCUCCUCCCGACGAAGCGGCGCCGGCCCGUCCAGCACCAGCCCAACCCGGCUCUCCCGAAGCCAGGAGAAAGAGGAGCUUAGCCACCUGAACGACCGCCUGGCCGCCUACAUAGAGCGGGUCCGCCAGCUGGAGAAUGACAAGUCCUCAAUGCUGCUUCUCCUGGAGGAGAAAGAGGAGUCCACGACCCGGGAGACGGCCAACGUUCGGCGGCUGUACGAGACCGAGUUGGCCGACGCGAGGAAGAGCUUGGACGUGCUGGCUAACGACAGGGCCCGGCUGCAGAUAGAGAUGGGUCAUCUUUCUGAAGAGCAUAGCAACCUACAAGCCAGGAACCAGAAGAAGGAAGCAGAGUGUAACAUGGCCAUGGGUCAGUGGAGGAACUUGGAGGCGGUCCUCAACUCUAAAGACGCAGAGCUGGCCAAUCAACUGGCAGAUAACAGAAGACAGGCGGAUGACGUCACUGACCUACAGGCCCAGCUGGCCAAUUUGGAGUGUGGGCUGGCGGAGACUAAGACCCAGCUGAACUCUGAGAUGUUGAGGAGGGUGGACCUGGAGAACCAGGUGCAGACGCUACGGGAACAGCUGGAGUUCCAGAGACACAUUGGCGAACAGGAGGUCAGGGAGAUCCGGAGCAGACAUGAGAGUCGCCUGGUGGAGGUGGAUUCUGGGAGACAGAAAGAAUUUGAGAGUAAGUUGGCUGAGGCCAUGCAGCAGCUACGGCAGGAGCACGACGGACAAAUCCAGCAGUAUAAAGAGGAUCUGGAGAAGAAUUUCAAUGCCAAGCUGGAGAACGCCCAUCAGACGGCGCUGAAGAGUAGUGACUUUGCCUCAUCCACCAGAGAGGAGCUGUCUGCCACCAAGCUCCGCAUCGAGACCCUCUCCUCACAACUCAAUCACUUCCAAAAACAGAACGGGGCCUUAGAGGGGCGUGUGCGGGAGCUGGAGCGGACCCUGGACCGGGAGCGCGAGGUGUGGCAGCAGCGACUGAGCCACAAGGACGAGGAGAUGUCGGCCAUGCGGGCCCAGAUGCAGAGCCAGCUGGAGGACUACGAGCAGCUGCUGGAUGUCAAGCUGGCCUUGGACAUGGAGAUCAACGCCUACCGCAAGAUGCUGGAGGGAGAGGAGCAGAGACUCCACCUCUCCCCGAGCCCCUCCCAGCAUGGGGCCGUGGCACGCACACACGCACACGGCGCCCGCCGAGUUGUCCGCGGGAAGAAACGCAAGAACGAAGGUGGCACGGGGUCCUCGCCAGCCUACAAGGUCUCGCAGCACGCCAAGGCCCACAGUCACAUGAUGGUGUCGGAGAUAGACCUGAAGGGGAACUACGUCAUGCUGAAGAACAACUCUGAGAAGGAGCAGCCACUAGGGGGCUGGGUGGUGAGGAGCAGUCACCUGGACUCUCCUGAACUGUUCUUCCAGAUCCCCCCUUCCUACAUACUGGCUGGGGGCAACACCCUCACUAUCUGGGGAUCGGAGGCAGGCGUAGAGGCCUCUCCAGGUGACCUGGUCAUGAAGAACCAGAGGAACUGGGGUCCGGUCAACAACGUGAUUGUCACCCUACUGAACCCAGAUGAAGAGGAGACCGCAGAGCUGCGUGUGCAGGAGAGAGGAGAGGAAGACUCCGAUGUAGAGGUUGAUGAAGAGUUUAUGGAAGGGAGUGAUGUUCACUACCUCAGGAGACAGCCCAAGAGAAGGAAAAGGAAGUGCUGUCUGGUGUUGUGAACAGCCUGUCUCAUGACACAGACCGAUGGAGGCUCCGGGGGGAACAAACGAGAGUUGCUCUGUUAUGUAACUCCACCUUCCUCCUUUCACAAUUCUGACCUGAGAACGCUGCAUCCGACC